AUGGUAAUUUUCAAGGAUCAUCUAACAGGGGAUGUGUUGAUGGAAGCUGAAAAUGGGAAAUUUGAAUUCGUCGAAAAGCUGUUUUUCAAAUUUCGAGCCGACUAUAUAAAUGUGGAGACCGAAUCGAACGAAACGAAAACUGUGAUUGAUGUGAUAUGGAAGUAUAAAAUGAAGAAGUUUGACAUGUGGAGAGUUGAGAAGGAUAUUUUUGAUUUUGGAGAAAAGUUGGGAGAGCUUGUGGAGAUGAAAAUGUGCAAGGAUAACGCAGAUUUCACUCAUAUGGUUGAUUACAUUUUCAAUUUGAGAGCAUGGUUCAGAGCAAAUCGUGAAACCAAAGGCAUCAAAGUCUUCAUGGGACCAUCUUCCACAUAUAUGCAUCAUGCUUACGCAAAAAACUACACACCUGUCUUCCUGAAAGAAGAAAAUGGAAUUCCUUUCGUUUACAUUUUCAGAGAGACUGUCAAUGUUGAAGGUCUUAUCGAAGAGGAAUUGGAAGGAAUGACAUUAGAAGAGAAAUCAGAUCAAGUCUUCCCAGAAGAACCAAAAACUUAUCAUGAAGAGGAAAAGAAGACGUCAGAAGAGAACCACAAAAAUGCGGAUAAUUUAACGAAAAUGACAGCGGAAGCAGCAGCCCAAUAA